CGUGAAACGUCACGUCGUAGUAUUGAAGUAGUAAAAAUAAAUAAAAAUACUGCUGAUACUGUCAAAUAGAGUGUGCGCCUUGAAUAUAUCCGGAAUUACUGGAUUUUUGGAUUUUUUGAAUAAACUGCACAUAAAGUGACGCAUCAAGUGAUAGUGAAAGAUUUCACUUAUUGAUUGUCAAAAAAGCAGUUCUACACACAUUUUUCCUCAGUGAAUUUUCACUGAAAAUAAAAUUCACAAUGAAGAAAAAGGUUUUGUUGAUGGGUAAAAGUGGCUCAGGGAAGACGAGCAUGCGAAGUAUAAUAUUUGCCAAUUAUAUUGCCCGAGAUACUCGCCGUUUAGGAGCUACGAUCGAUGUUGAGCACAGUCACGUGAGAUUUCUCGGAAAUUUGGUGCUAAAUUUAUGGGACUGUGGGGGCCAGGAAGCAUUCAUGGAAAAUUAUUUUGCAUCGCAGCGAGACAACAUUUUCCGAAAUGUGGAGGUGCUGAUAUAUGUUUUCGACGUGGAAUCUCGUGAAUUGGACAAGGACAUGCAUUAUUACCAAAGUUGUCUGGAGGCAAUUCUGCAAAAUAGUCCCGAGGCAAAGAUUUUUUGUCUUGUUCACAAAAUGGAUUUGAUCCAGGAUGACCAGCGAGAUCUAAUAUUCAGAGAACGAGAGGAAGAUUUAAGAAGACUAAGCUUGCCUUUAGAAUGCACCUGUUUCAGAACGAGCAUAUGGGAUGAAACUCUUUACAGAGCCUGGUCUUCCAUCGUUUAUAUGUUGAUACCAAAUGUAGAGGAGUUGGAACAAAGUCUCAACCAAUUCGCGAAUAUUAUCGAUGCUGAUGAAGUUUUGCUUUUUGAGCGUGCAACUUUCCUCGUAAUAAGCCACUGUCAAAGACGAUUCCAUCGGGACAUCCAUCGAUUCGAGAAAGUCUCGAAUAUAAUAAAGCAGUUUAAAUUGAGCUGCAGCAAAUUAGCAGCGCAGUUUCAAAGCAUGGAAGUCAGAAAUACAAACUUCGCCGCUUUUAUCGACGUUUUUACAUCUAAUACCUACGUUAUGGUUGUGAUGUCGGAUCCCGCCAUUCGGUGCUUGAAAAAAAUUGAAGGAGUUUUCAAAAAAGCAUCUGCGGCAACGUUAAUAAACAUAAGAAACGCGCGAAAGCAUUUUGAAAAGCUGGAACGUGCAAGCCAAAAUUCCGUCUUAAAUAGAUAGAAGUUAAUUCGACCCAGGCGCAUCGUCACCCGGGUCCAAAAAAUAAAUCGCCAUUAAUUCAAGAACUUGGGACUGAACAUUUUUCUGCAGAUUGGUCCAUGCUUUUUCAGCGAAAAAGGAUCCGAAUUUUUUUAAGGUCGUCGGUAUGAAAAAGCUAGAUCAUAAAUAAUUUCUGAUGGGUCGUAUAGUAUUGAUAAUAUUGAAGAAAAAAAGUUCAUUCAUAAGAAUAUUAAAAAAAUUCUGAUAAUAUGCGAGGCUCGAUGGUAUUUACAAUUAGAUUUAAGAAAGACCAUUCUUAAUAAUUAGGAAUUGUAAAUUAAGGAGGGUUGAAAAUAUAUUAUUCUGGAAUUCGAAAUUAAUACAGUACGAAAAAAAGAGUAUUAGGAUCCUAAAAAAGUAUAAUUCAUAUCGAUUCGCUUGAAAAAAGUAUUAAAAAUUUUUUUUGCAGUGCUUUUACAUUUUUAUUUAGUUAACUUUUUUUUUUUAUAUCCUCGGAGGUCAACAUUGUUUUUCCAAAUUUUUGCGGAGUUUAGUCAAUGGUUUUCUAAGAAAUUACUCCUUUUUUCUUGAAAAAUUCCUAAUAUUUUGGUAUUUUGAUAUUAAAUGAAAUUAUUUUUAUAACUUUUGGUUUAAACAAUUUUUUGAUAAUGUGUGGGCUUUUUUUAAAAACAUUUUCAGCCUUAGAAGAAAAAUCAAUCAGACCAUCGAAAUUUGGAUUACAGCAUAUUUUCAAAAUUUGGUAUUUGGUAUUUUGAAUUUUUUAUGAUAAUGAAUAUUUUUUUUCAAUACAUUUUUUAUAAUUUUCCUUCACGAG